AUGGAAAAAAUCCUUUAUAAUGAUACAAUCACACUGCUCAACAACGGCGAACCAAUUAGACUUAAUCCAUCAAAUUGUCAUUUUUCUAUAAUUGACCUUUCCCUUUUAAGCGUGUCGCUUGCCCAAAGAAUAUCCUGGUCAGUUCUACGUGAGAUAUAUGACAGUGACUACUUACCUAUUUUAAUUACUUUACUAUCCACCAAAACAAUGUCAUCCUUUUCCACACACAGAUGGAAGUUAAAAAACCCAGACUGGGAACUAUUUUCUACUCUAGCUGACACAUUCAUGCAAGAAAAUCCCCAUUCUGAUAUCAGCACAAUUGAGGAUGACACCACCUUCAUCUCUGAGUCCAUUAUCAGAGCUGCUGAAAUCUCAAUAGGAAAAACUUCAACAACUGUUAAAAAAACCAAGUCCCUUGGUGGAAUGAUGUAA